CCACUAGGCCACUGUACCAGCAUAUCACAACUGAGAGUCGACUGGAUCGCAGACACAGAUUUUUCACAAAGUGCAAUAACUUGUGAUAACGCGCGGUUAACAUUGUAGGCAUUUGUUUGUAAAAUCUAUUUUAGCAAUUAACAUGAUUUACGGAUUAAUUAUAUUAGUAGCGGUUGGGGUGGCCACGACCUCAGCACUGCCUCCCUGCGUAUGCACCAGGAACUACCAGCCAGUGUGUGGCUCCGACGGAAAGACUUACGACAACCAAUGCAUGCUGGAAUGCGCUAAAACUAAGCAGGCCGACUUAACUAUGGCGAGGACUGGCCAAUGCGAAAAGGAACAAAACAAUUGCAUCUGCACGUUCGAAUAUGCACCCGUCUGCGGUGCCGAUGGCCAGACUUACCCCAAUAAGUGCUCCCUCAACUGCCAAGAAGUCCGGCUAGUCGGUACUGGGCCAUGCCCAUACACAGAAAUUCAGUUGCUCCAACAACCUAAAUGCGUUUGCACGCGGGAAGGCCGGCCAGUCUGCGGCAGCGACGGGUUGACAUACGCCAACCUCUGCAUAUUGAACUGCGCGACGACCACUAACCCCAGACUUUCGUUGAAGAACUAUGGACCUUGCGUCGAUGAAGUCAAAGUAGUCGACCAGCCGACCCCCGACACCUGCGCGUGCGCAAGAAAUAUGGCCCCGGUAUGUGGGAGCGAUGGUAAAACUUACGCUAACCCUUGCUUAUUAAAUUGCGCGACGGCGAAAAACCCUGCACUUUCAGUAAAGAGUUACGGAGCUUGCGUCGAUGAAGUCAAAGUAGUCGAUCAACCAAUCACGGACACUUGCGCGUGCGCUAGGAAUAUGGUCCCAGUUUGCGGUAGCGACGGUAAUACGUACGCUAACCCUUGUUUAUUAAACUGCGCGACGGCGAAAAAUCCUGCUCUCUCAAUUAAGAGCUAUGGACCUUGCGUGGACGAGGUCAAAGUAGUGGAACUGUCCAACCUGGACAGCUGCGCGUGCGCACGGAACAUGCGGCCGGUUUGUGGCAGCGAUGGCAAAACAUACAACAACCCUUGCUUGCUGAACUGCGCGACGAAAGACAACCCUUCAUUAUCAGUCGCCAGGAAUGGUCCCUGCGGGGGCGUGAACGUCGUGGAUGGUCCCAGACCCGCUAGCGCGUGCACUUGCACCAGGGAGCUGGCUCCGGUGUGUGGAUCUGACGGGGAAACUUAUAGCAGCGCCUGUAUUAUGAGAUGUAGGAAUCCGGACGCCACAUUGGCCCACGAUGGCCCAUGUGAGUCGUAAUCCAUACAACAGUUUUCAAAUAAAUCACAUGUAAUGCUUAGGAAAAAUUAUUACUGAAAAGUUGUCCCUUAAAAAUUUCCAACUCAAUUAUUUAGAUACUUUUGACAUUUAUAUAGGUAUGCUUAAUUUUAAGUGAUCACCUACAGGCUAAAUGUGUUAAUAAGGCUGUGUUUUAAUAGUUAAGUUUUUAAUGUUACUUUUAACUUAUAAUCCGCCUAUGAUAUUGUAUAAUAUGAGGUGGAGUUUUUGCAGAUACAUUUGUAUUGUAUAUUUGGUUUAUUGCUUGUAAGUCACAUCGUUAAGGUAGAUUUUAUAGCAGUUAAUAUUAAAAGACUAUAACGUUA